AUGAAUGAGUAUUCGCCUCCGAUGUUUGGAAGAGGAAGCAAACAAUAUUCAAGAAAUCUGCUUUCUAGGAAUCAAACAGCUAACGAUACUCGCAAAUUAAUAGUACUGCCUGAAGGACUGGUUCUGGGACAAUUAGGCGAUAAUUACGAUACCGUGUCGAGUCAGGACUAUUCUGAGUACAACUACACCACAGUGCACGUGGACUUUGAGAAUCCUGAGUGUCUCGAGGUCGAUCCCGAAAGACAGAAGUCUCCACCGAAAAGAAAGUACUUGUCGGAAGGCAUACACGGCCAGACCAGCGCGCGCUGCUACACCUUCGCAGACAGUGGUAUGAGGAAAGAGAAGAAGCCCAAGACUAUCGAUGUCACCGAAUCCUACUGCGAUGUUCGGAACGUGUGCAUGAAAGGCGAGAGGCGCUUGGCCGGAGCUUUCGAUCCCAAAGCCCAAGCAACAGAAACGCGAGUGUAUGGGAAGCCGGUGAUAUUUGUUAUGAACCCCAACAACUUCAACCACUUGUCUACCAUAACGACAGUCAUUGGCAUCUACGACGCCCUCGACCAGAUUGGCAUUGUUCCUAUCAAUGACGAUACCAAAUCCGGACCGAAAGUGACCAUUAUGCUGAUGCAAGACGAGAAGGAUAUGCAAGUGCAUGGACGUGAGCUCCUACACGAGUUCUUUGAUCCCCAACGGUUUGAUAUAGACUACAUCGGUGAUUGGGCCAGCAACGA